UCCUGUCAGUUUUUCUGUUAGCUGUUCUUCAACUUCCUUAUUUGCCCGUGAGUACCGUUUCCUCUUUCGCUUACUGCUUACUGAUUCUUCUUCUUCUUCAGGGCACAGCUGCGGAUACGUCUGCUCUGCUAACCUGCCCAAAAAGGAACCCAAAUCUGGACUUUACAAAGGAACAUGAGGGCAGUUUGAAGCUGUCUCCGGCUUGUCUUCACGUCUAGAGACUGACUGUAACGUUUCUGGUGCUGGGCCGUGGAGCUUGUGCAAGACUGCUUCAAUGCAUCCCUUCAUGUGCAUGUUUUGUGUGACUGACUGUGUAUGAGAGAGAGGAAGCAAAGUGAAAUGAUGUAUAUUGCCGUGACAGCAGUCUGUACGCAGUAGCAUACACCACGCUGUGUGUGUGUGUGUGUGUGUGUGUGUGAGAUGUCAGGAGACACCAGCACCCUGUCCUGGAGGAGCAUGUCUCCCACCAGCCAGUCAGAUUCCUCGGAUAUGUCUCCCUCGGCAACCGUCUCCAGGAACAGCAUCUUCCAAGUGAAGAUCAUGAAAGUGUGUUUCCUUAGCAACAGCUCCAACCUGGGCAAGAACUUCAAACUGGUCCGCUGUGAGGAGGGAUGGACCAUCAGGGAUAUCGUUAACACGGUGCUGUCCAGUGGCUGCGUUGGUCCAGACAUAGUAUACAGCCUCUGCUACUGCCUCCUCCUCAAACACCUCAAGUCCUCAGUGAUCCACUGGCUGCACCCGGACCUGACUGUGUCUGAGCUCACCCAGCGGUACGAGCAGCAUCACCUGGAGGCCGAGUGGAGGUAUGAUCUGAGGAUCCGAUACAUCCCGUCAGACUUCAUGGAGAAAUUCAAAGAUGACAGAACCACUAUGCUCUACUUUUACCAGCAGGUACGAAGUGACUACAUGCAGCUGUGUGCCUCAAAAGUCAGCGAUGGGAUGGCAUUACAGCUCGGUUGUCUGGAAAUUAGGAGAUUCUACAAAGACAUGAAUCCAAACGGACUGGAGAAGAAGUCCAACUUUGAGCUAUUAGAGAAGGACGUGGGACUGGACCUGUUCUUUCCUAGAGAGCUGAUCGACAGCAUGAAGCCCAAGCAGUUGCGUCGGCUGAUCCAGCAGACGUUCCAGGGCUACUCCACCCUGACGCAGGACCAGUGCAUGGCCCGCUUCUUCACCACUCUGGCUCAGUGCCACAGCUACACACAGGAGAGCUUCGCCUGCCAGCUGGUGCAUGGUUGGAAUCUAACAAUAGACCUGGUCAUCAGCCCGGAAGGCAUCAGCCAGCAAACUGACAACUCCACGCCCAUCUGUUUGGCCACGUUCUCUCAGGUGCGCAGCAUCUCCUGCUCUGCUGAGAGUGAUGGUCGGGCUCUGCUCAUUGUGCACAUAGAGGGAGCCAAACAGCCGCUGUCAGUGAACACCUCCUCCCUGGCCGUGGCAGAAAACAUGGCUGACCUGAUCGACGGCUACUGUCGGCUGGAAGGCACCGCUGAGAGCUCGCUCAUUAUCCGGCCCAGUAAAGGGAGAGACGCAAGACUGAAGUUACCUGACAUCCCAAAAGGCGGUGGUCGCAGUGGUCCUGAUAGAGGUUCGGACAUUUAUGCUGAGAUUCCAGAGGGCACAGCAGACUUAGGUGAGAAGCACAGGAUCUCCAGAGACGACGUCGUCUUGGGUCGGAUCCUGGGCGAGGGAUUCUUCGGAGAGGUUCACGAUGGAGUUUACAAAAGCCCAACCGGAGAGAGGAUCUGUGUGGCCAUCAAAACCUGUAAGGACGUCUCGGCUGAAGUGAAGGAGAAGUUUCUCAGUGAAGCCAGCUUGAUGAAGAACCUGGAUCAUCCCCACAUUGUGCGUCUCGUCGGAGUCAUUGAGGUCGAUCCUGUCUGGAUCGUCAUGGAGCUCCUUGAACACGGAGAGCUGGGGAGCUAUCUGGUGGAGGAGAAGUACAUCCUGACCACUGCGACGUUAAUCCUGUACUGUCUACAGAUCUGCAAAGCCUUGGCUUACCUGGAAGGACUCAACUUGGUGCACAGAGAUAUAGCGGCGAGAAACGUCUUGGUGGCAUCGCCUGAAUGCGUCAAGCUCGGCGACUUUGGCCUGUCUCGCUACGUUGACGAUCAAGAGUACUAUAAAGCCUCAGUUAGUCGAUUACCAAUCAAAUGGAUGGCACCUGAGUCCAUCAACUUCAGACGCUUCACCACAGCUAGUGACGUCUGGAUGUUUGGUGUGUGUGUGUGGGAGAUCUUCUCGAUGGCCCAGCAGCCGUUCUUCUGGCUGGAGAACGGCCAGGUGAUCAUCCAGCUGGAGUCGGGAGUUCGACUUCCCAAACCGCAGCAGUGCCCGCCACCCGUCUACGCCCUGCUGAGCCGCUGCUGGGCCUACGAGCCGAACAACCGGCCCAGCUUCAGCCAGCUCGUCUGCCUCCUAAGUGACGUCCACAGGAAGGAGCUGGAGCAGGAGGGGAGGCAAGACAGACCGCGCUCCAACAUAUCAACCUUUGACCACAUCCACACCACAGAGCCCCCACCCAAGCCAUCCAGAUUACAAGGCAACACCCUUCCUCGGGUCACACAGGGAACGAAGAGAGACACCAGGCCGGUGUGGGAGAAAGAGAAAGAGCAAGUGGAGGACACUUUACAAAAACAAAGAAGAGAUAUGCUGAUGGAUAAACAGUGGCUGGAGCAGGAGGAGAGACAACUGGAUCCUGUCGUAAGAGUGGACUCACACAUCAAGCCUCCGGAAAAAAGCCCAGAAAACGGUCCUCCAGAGAAGCCCCCGAUGCCUCCCACAGUCUCACAGCCUCAGCCCACAGCGGAGCUGGACCGAUCAGGUGACCAGGUUUACACCGGCGUCAUGGCGAUGGUGAAACAGGUGGUCCAGCUGAAGAAUGAUGUCAACAUGCUGCCCGCCUCCGAGUAUCCCAACGCUGUUAAAUCGGUGGGCAUCACUCUACGUAGCCUGAUCCAAAGUGUGGAUGAGAUCCUGCCCUCUCUGCACUGCUCUGUCACAACAGAGAUCGAGGGCACUAAGAAACUGCUGAACAAGGAUUUAGGGGAUUUGAUCAACAAGAUGCGACUGGCCCAGCAGAACGCCGUGACGUCGCUGAAGGAGGAAUGUGUGCGGCAGAUGUUGGCGGCCGCUCACACUCUGGCGCUGGACUCCAAAAACCUGCUGGACGCUGUGGACCAGGCUCGAGUCAGGGCCAACCUGGCCAAGCCCAGACCCGCCUCACAAGACGCAGAGGAUUCUGGGGAGUGAAGUCGCCUGUUGAUCGAAUGGACUCUGGUUUAAGUGGCAGCGCUGUACACACAGACUGUAUAUAAGAAGUGGACAUAGUCACCGUGACGUCACCCAUUGGUUUGUGGACUGCUGUUUUGAAGCCUCGAGGUCGGCAUUUUGGUCGUCGCCCUCUUGUUUUUUUGCAACCAGGACACGAGAGGAGGGAGUACAACAAACGCUGAAUAAGACAUUUUUAGGCGACAACAAUGUUACAAUUAACUUUCAUGAACUGAAAACACACCGUGAGAGGGUUAAAGUUUUAAGACAAAAAAACAGACAACACCCAGACCUGACAACGC